CAAUGACCUCCUGUGCAUUUCUGAGGGAAAUAACGAAACCAAAUCACAUGACUGCAUAAGGAAGCAGUAGAACAUUUCGGGAACUUAGCCUACUUUUACUUUUGACCGCGUUUGCGAAAUGGAGAAGCCAAUUGUGAGUGACUAUGGAGCUAACUACGGCACCAUUAACCCGGUUUAUGGAUUACCAGCAGCAGCCAUGGCAGCCGCACCUGCGACAAGUAUCCAUGGACCUUCUGCACCCCCUGCAAACAUGUUCGAUACAGUCCCUGGAUAUGAAGGAACAAUAGCUGGUGGAGGUGGUGGGUAUCUUCCACCUCCACCUCCAUCAGUACCGAUGCCUGUGCCGGAACAAGCCCCCAGCUCCCCAAACUGGCAUAUACCCUCCAUCUCAGAGGACCAAGCACGUGAAUCCUUCACAAUGUACGUCUCUAGCAAGUGCUGUUAUAGUUCUGACCCUGUCAAAGAGGGAGUCAUAACCAACAUGGAGUCCUUUAAUACCUACAGGUAUCGUUUGGAGACGUUCAUAGAGUCCAGAUCUACUGAAUGGAGUCAGAAGCCUUAUACAGGUCAGCCUGUGGACGCUGGUGUUCAGCCUGCUCCAGGUCCGUGGCAGAUUGCAGCUCAACCUCCGGCCUUCUUUCAAAAACACAAGCAGACCAUUAAAGUGCCCUAUACUUCCUCAGUCAAGAACUGUCACCUUUGUCUGGGAAUGGGAAGAAACCCCUGUACCACCUGUGCUGGAUCUGGGAACAAAGUUUGUUGGGUGUGUAAUGGUUCUGGUUACCGUCAAUCUGAUGACCGCUGCAUGCACUGCAAUGGGCGUGGGCGUGAAAACUGUAGUUCGUGUAACGGGAACGGCUCUUGCCAGUGUAACACCUGCCAUGGAAAGAGACAGCUGCUUGUCUUUAUCAACCUCAUUGUUAAAUGGAGCAUUGGGAAGGAUGAAUUCAUAGCGCAAGACUCGAGUGGUCUGAGAGUGGAAAAUCUGGGGAAGGUUUCAGGGAAGGAGCUCUUCAGAGAUGCCCAAUAUAUGGUCUAUCCAGUGAGGGGCUUUCCUGAUGUUUCUGUUGGUCAAGCUUCUGAGCGCUUAGUAAGAGAUCAUCAGGUGAAAUUCACCCAAACAUCCCGCAUAUUACAACAGAGGCAGACGAUCGAGCUCAUUCCCAUAACCAAAGUGAACUACAUGUGGAAAGGAAAGCCUUAUGUUUACUAUGUGUAUGGAAAUGAGUUUAAAGUGAGCGCUGAUGACUAUCCCGCCACCUGCUGCUGUUCUGUGAUGUAGCAUCAAAUACACCUGACCUGAUGUACAACAUAAAUGCUGUAUAGCCGUUAAGAUGAACAAAUGUAAUGUCUUUUGCCUAUACAUCCCUGAAUCAUGGCAUCUGUAGCUUAACUUCUAACCAUGUACAAAAAUAUAACAUUUUAUGUCA